AUGGUGCCGGCACAGAGAAGUUUCGGUUCAGCCGGGAGUUUGUGGAGAGCAGGCGGAGGGGGCUGGAGACAGAAGUUUCGGUUCAGCCGUGAGUUUGUGGAGAGCAGGCGCAGGGGGCUGGAGACGUUUGUACGGCGCGUGGCACGGCACCCCGUGCUGGGCGGCGCGGAGGAGCUGCAGCACUUUCUGAAAGACAGCGAGGACCGAUGGGUGUCUCAGCAUCCCGUGCUGGGAGUGUCUGAGGAGCCGCAGCAGUUUAUGAACGACAGUGAGGACCGAUGGGUGCGUGGGUUGGGGAAAAGCGGUUGGGGCGAGGCUGGGUGGUUGGGGUUGCUGGUUGCAUGGCGGCACCCCGUGCUGGUUGCAUGGCGGCACCCCGUGCUGGUUGCAUGGCGGCACCCCGUGCUGGUUGCAUGGCGGCACCCCGUGCUGGUUGCAUGGCGGCACCCCGUGCUGGGCGGGGGGGACGGCGGAGCUGCAGCACUUUCUCAAGGAUAA